AUGGUGGAGCAUCUGGACUCCAUGGCAAAGGAACGCGGACUGACCUGGGCCGUCGCGGGGCGCAACCUGGGCAAACUCCGGAACCUGGUGGCACAUUGCAGAAGCAAGCCGGGGCUUAUUCAUGUAACUGGAGCAACAGCAUUCUCCGACGUGGUUGCGAGAUGCCAUGUUGUUAUCUCAGCUGCUGGGCCCUACUGCCUACUCGGCGAGGCAGUCAUCGAAGCGUGCGUGAAGGCCUCCACACAUUACAUCGAUGUAUGCGGUGAAUUACCAUGGAUGUACGAUGUCGUGCAGAAGUAUCAUAGAGAAGCCCAAGAGACUGGUGUAUCAAUUGUCAUAUCUGCUGGCAACGUGAGCGUGCCGGAGGAAGUGCUGUGCUACAGCUUGGUGCGAGAGCUUGGCCCAUUGCAAUCCUUCCGAGAGUACUUCAGUCAAUACGGCGGAGUCAGCGGGGGAACUCUUCAGUCACAGGCGCCUCCAAGAGAUGGAAGCCACAAAGAUCAAGAUCCGUUUUGCCUGGGCGGUAUCCGGACGUGUGGCACCAGGCCAGAAGAUCUGGACUGCACCACAGUGGAGGUGGAUCCGUGGUUUCCGCACCUGUUCCUUGCACAAGCCUACAACAGCCUCGUUGCCUCCAGAGUGGUGCGACGAAGCUGCCAGCUGUUCGAGCAGAGUGGUGAAUUGAUCUACGGAGAACGGCUGAGUGUGGUGGUCCGUGAAGCGCAAUUGCAGAAGUCUGUCGCAGAAGGGCUGCUACAACAACUGCAGCCCUCAGGAGAUGCUGUUGAAAGAAUCCGCGUGGCACGCGAAAGAGGGGAGGCACCGUGGCCAGGUCAGGGACCGCCAGCGCGCACUCGUGAGAUGUACGGGAGCGAGAUUAUUGGUGUCGCACAAGGAGAAUCUGGAGACUGGGCUUAUGCGCGUUGGACAUCAGGUUGCGCUUACGAAGUUUCAAGCAUGGCUGCUGUGUCUGGAGCUUUGAUACUCGCAGAGCGGAAAGGACGCGAACGAGCGAGAUCUGGAGUGGUGACUCCGGCAUAUGCUUUCCAUAGCAGCAGCUGGAUUGAUUUGAUGCUCAGUGUUCCCUUUGCCAAUGGCUGUGGUAGGAGGAUUUCCCUCGACGUCGUUCCGGGCAAGCCAACCGAGGAGGAGUUCAAGAUGCAGAUCACCGAGAAGAAUCGGAGGAUGAUGCAAGGUCAGCAGCGGCUUCUAGCCGGCGAGCUGAAAGCAUGGGCAGCACCCUCCUUGCCUUCUCGAAACUGCGCGCAGCCGAGCCAGGCGCCCAUGCAGAUUGUGCACGCAGCGCAGGCUGCCAGGCCUGGCCUUGGCAGAGAGGAUCCAACUCCACCCUGCAGGAUUGCAGAUUCCCAUGGAUCGUCUGUUGCCAGCGUUGCCUUGAGCCAACCAUGCCAACCAGGUGCAUCGCGAAUGUCUUCUGCUACAAGUAGCCAGCAAACGCCGAGACAACGGCAGGUGCCUGUCAUUCCAGCAGCACCUCCUCCGUCUCCAGCGAGCCCAAAGUAUGCAGGUUACGCGGUGCUCGGAAAUAAUCUCAGCAUUCGCCGGACAAUGCCGUUGACUGUACGGCGAUGCGGCAAGCAGGUCCAUACGUCUGCCGAUAACCUGGAAGCAUAUCAGCUUGUUGACGAUGACCUGGGUCGCUUAGUGCAGUGGACCCUCGGAAGCCAGCAGGAGCUGUGGGAAGUGCGCUUCGUGUUCACACAUGUCUGUGGUCCAAACGGGGGCACUGUCCUCGGCUUGGGAUUCGGGACGGCAGACGCAAGAAUGGAAGAAGUGGACAUCCUGGAGUGCGAGAGCUUAGCAGUCUGCGAUGCCUACGAUGGCGAAAUCAACAUCCUGGGACAGCAAGUCAGCAAGGAUGGCUUGGACCUUUGCGAGCCAAGUUCUGGCACGUGCGAGGAGGAAUCCAUAACAGCCAUGUACGAUUCCUCCCAAGGGCUGCUAAGAUUCACCGUCGAUUCGCGGAGAUGUCGUGGACAGUUCCGAGUGGACAUUACGAAGGAGACGCUCAGGCAUAGAGAGCUGUACCCUACAGUGGCUUUCGCAAACAGGAAAAGCAAGGUUCGCAUCGAGCUCAUAAGAUGCUUGAUGGCCAUGCCAGUUCCUCGAGACGAGCGCCUACUUCGCAGAGAUUUUUCGACCUCCUUGGCAGUAGCAACCGAGGAAGGCGCUACAGACUUCCCCAGCGGAUGUGUGAUCUUUGAAGUGGACGGCCGCAAGCUGCGGGCUGACAAGUUUCUGCUGGCAGCUCGCUCCGUCUACUUUGAGCGCAUGUUGCACACUGGCAUGAGCGAGGGAGCCGCAUCGCGAGUUCCUAUUCCAAGGGCAUCAGCCCCUGCUUUCGAAGCAGUUCUGCGCUUCAUCUAUUCCGCCGGCCAAGCUGGGCAAGUGCUUUUCGAGCAUUCAGACCCACUGGAAGUCUUGCACCUUUCAGUUGAGUUCCUGCUAGAGGAUCUGACCCGGCUUUGUGAAUGGAAGCUGAUGCAGGGGCUGACGCUGGAGAAUGCUCUUGCCACUUUUGGCUCUGUGGUCACUGUCCGCAACCAGGUGCCGGCUCUGGUGGAGUCUUGCAUAGAAAGGAUGCAGGGCCGCAUGAAAGACGUGGUUGGAAGCGAAUCCUUCAAGGAGCUCUGCCGUAGUGAAGUCGGCGUGCGGGAGUUGCUGCUUUCGCUCGACGAGCCUCUCGCAAAGCGGCGUCGAAUGCUUCCUGGUGUCAGACCAGGCUGA